UUGGAUAAUUCUAUCUUUUAUUUUCUUUUCCGUAGGGGUGCCCUACAUGUUCAGUUAGGGAUCCAACUAUGAGCUUUCAUGGCAUCAAACGAAUGCUAAACAUUAACCCGGCCAAUGCGAUUGCCUACUUUACAAACGUGAACUCGGACAGGCGUUUAGGCUUCCGUGUAUAUAAUGAUAUGUUGGAAGAAAAGUACAAAUAUCGAAGGCCUGAAUUUCUUCAACUGAACGAAGAAUCUGUACAAGCGUCUUCCGAUCAUGAUGUAAGACCGAUUCUUAUCCCACAUAGAGAACUUCCCUUGAAUGCAGGAUAUGCCGAAGCAAUAAAUGCUGGCAAAACACCUGGUAAAAAUGAAGAUCAGUCAGUGGCUGGAAUGUUCUGCUUAAAUGGCAGCAAGUCAACUCAUGAAUCAGAUGGUGAUGGAAGUCCUACCCAUGUGACACAGACCAAGAUCCCUUAUGCAUAUUUUGGUGUAUUUGAUGGCCAUGCUGGAUGUGGAGCAGCUUUGAUGGCCAUCAGUAACCUUCAUGUCCAUAUAAUGGAGAAGUUGGAUGGUGUGAAAGAUUUGUUGGCUUUUGAAAAUGAUGAAAAACUUGCUGAGGCAGAGGAGUUAUCUGAAGCUGUUGUCUCUUCAGUGACAAUUGAUAAUCUUGUCAUUGGAGUCCUAGAAGAGGCAUUUUUUGAAAUGGAUGAACAGAUAAGGAGAGAGAAAGUUACGUACAGGAUCGAUGGAGGCUGUGCAUCAAUUGUUGCCCUGUUUUUGGGAAAGAAGUUGUAUGUUGCCAAUGCAGGAGACUGCAGAGCAAUCCUGGUCCAUAAGGGAAAAGUAAUUCCUUUAUCAUGUGACUUCACGCCAGAGACAGAGAGACAAAGACUUCAAUUACUUGCUUACCAUAAACCCCAACUUUUAGGAAGUGACUUCGGCCGGCUUGAAUUUCAACAGAGAGCCAGGAAAAAACACAUCGGUCAGAAGCUCCUUUACAGGGACCGUCACAUGACGGGAUGGGCUCUUAAGACGGUGACCGAGGAGGACACAAAAAAAUUUCCAAUGAUUAAUGGGGAAGGAAAGAAGGCUCGCCUUUUGGACACCAUAGGAACGACUCGUGGCUUCGGAGAUCACGACUUGAGAGUAGCCUUCUGUAACCUUCCCAUUAAACCUUUCCUCACUCCACAACCAGAGGUUCGGAUGUUUGAUUUAUCAAACUGUAAGCUCUCAGAGGAUGAUGUUGUGAUAAUGGCUUCUGACGGACUCUGGGAGAGAUUAUCCAUUGAAAAGGCUGCUGCGUUGGUAAUGGACACGUUUUCCAAAAUCCCAAAAGACAACAAGAGAAGGUACGUCAUGGCAGCCCAGGCCCUUGUUGGCGACGCGCGAGGCACUCUGAAUGAAAAAGGUUGGAGGCGAACCAACGGCGAGUUAGCUUCGUACGAUGAUAUAUCGACGUUUGUGAUUCCUGUUAGUGAGUGCAGCAAGGAAAUGGCUAAGUUUACAAUAGAGUACGAUACACCGACUGCGAAACCAACGCACUCCAUUGACAACGAAGAAGAGUAGAGGGCCUUUCAGACUGUUGAAUAGAAACUAGAGCGAUUUGUCUGCAAGGACGAGUUGCAGAUUUCCAUUAAGGACUAAACGACUUUGUCAAUGAAAGUUGAGGCGGACUGAGUACUACUACCAACGAUAUUGGUCAUAACUGAGGUGGACUGGUGACCACCUAGUUCACCCUGCCCGUGUAAUAUAUCAUAGUAAAGCUUGCCUCUUUACUAUCA